CUCCCCUUCCCCCGCCUGGGGUCCCCCUGGCUCCUCCGCCCGCGGCCCGUAGCCGCCUCGUCAUUGGCCAGAACGCUUCAGGUGGCGCGCUCGGGAUUGGUGGAGGCCUGCGUUGCUCCCGCCCUCGGCCCGGGGCGCGGCCCGCGAUUGGCUGGGGCGGGCGGAGCGUCUUCUCCGGCCUGGGCGGCGCAGACGAGGCCUGAGGCGGCGGCGCGAGGCAGUAUGGUUUGAAGUGGUGAACAUGGAUUUUUCUCGGCUUCACAUGUACAGUCCUCCCCAGUGUGUGCCGGAGAACACAGGCUACACGUAUGCGCUCAGGGCCCUGGGCACACCUGUCUGUAGGAACCAUGAUACGGAUGGCGGCUGGGUUGACAGCCUAGGCUGGCGAGCAGAGGUGGCUUGUGACAUUCCUGAACUGCACCUGAGCUGUGAUGCUAAUGGAAUCGUGGGUGCUGGGACUGGAAGUUCCAGUUAUUCUUCAGAUGCCCUGGAUUUUGAGACCGAGCACAAAUUGGACCCCGUAUUUGAUUCUCCACGGAUGUCCCGCCGUAGUUUGCGCCUGGCCACGACAGCAUGUACCCUGGGGGAUGGUGAGGCUGCGGGUGCCGACGGCGGUGCCAGCAGUGCUGUCUCCCUCAAGAACCGAGCGGCCAGAACAGCGAAACAGUGCAGAAGCACAAACAAAUCAGCUUUUAGUAUCAACCACGUGUCAAGGCAGGUCACGUCCUUUGGCGUCAGCCACAGCGGCACUGACAGCCUGCAGGAUGCUGUGACUCGACAGCCUCCUGUACUGGAUGAGUCUUGGAUUCGUGAACAGACCACAGUGGACCACUUCUGGGGUCUUGACGAUGAUGGUGAUCUUAAAGGUGGAAAUAAAGCUGCCAUUCAGGGAAAUGGGGACUUGGGAGCCGCCGCUGCCACCGCGCACAACGGCUUCUCCUGCAGCAACUGCAGCAUGCUCUCCGAGCGCAAGGACGUGCUCACGGCGCACCCCGCGGCCCCCGGGCCCGUGUCGAGAGUUUAUUCUAGGGACAGGAAUCAAAAACGCGGUGCGUCUUUCUACGUGAAUAGGAUUUUGUGGCUGGCCAGAUACACUGCGUCAUCUUUUUCAUCAUUUUUAGUUCAACUUUUUCAAGUGGUUUUAAUGAAGCUCAAUUAUGAAUCAGAAAAUUACAAAUUGAAAAUUUAUGAAUCAAAAGAUUGUGAAUCCGAAAGUUUUAAGUCAAAAAGCCAUGAAUCAAAAGCUCAUGCCAGUUACUGUGGGAGAAUGAAUGUGAGAGAGGUUCUCAGAGAGGAUGGCCACCUCAGUGUAAAUGGGGAAGUGCUGUGCGACGACUGUAAGGGCAAGAGGCACCUCGACGCGUACACAGCUGUCCACUUGCAGUCGCCACGGCCGCCCAGGCGGGCAGGGACCCUCCGGCACAUCUGGGCGUGUGCAGGUUGUCUCUCGCCGCGUCUCCAUCUCAUCCUGCCCCAUCACCACGCUAUUUGCGCCUUGUGUGGUUACUUCUUGCUGCAGACUCUGCGCAGGAUCGGAGCUGCGGGCCGGGCUGUGUCUAGGACGGCGUGGUCGGCCCUGUGGCUGGCCGUGGUUGCUCCAGGGAAGGCAGCCUCCGGAGUGUUCUGGUGGCUGGGGAUUGGAUGGUACCAGUUUGUUACUUUGAUUUCUUGGCUGAAUGUGUUUCUUCUUACCAGGUGCCUUCGAAACAUCUGCAAGCUUUUAGUCUUGCUCGUCCCACUCCUCCUUUUACUCGCAGGUCUCUCCUUACGGGGCCAGGGCGAUUUCUUUUCGUUCCUGCCUGUGUUGAACUGGGCAAGCACGCAUAGAACACAGCGGGUGGAUGACCCCCAGGAUGUAUUUAAACCCGCGACUUCUCGCCUGAACCAGCCUCUGCAGGGUGACAAUGAGGCUUUUCCAUGGCAUUGGAUGAGUGGCAUGGAGCAGCAGGUGACCUCCCUUUCUGGACAGUGCCACCACCAUGGCGAGAAUCUCCGAGAGCUGACCACUUUGCUUCAGAAGCUGCAGGCUCGGGUGGACCAGAUGGACAAUGGCGCUGCCGGGCCAUCAACAUCGGUCAGAGAUGCUGUGGGACAGCCCCUGAAGGAGACUGACUUUAUGGCUUUUCACCAAGAACAUGAAGUGCGCAUCUCACACUUGGAAGAUAUUCUGGGAAAACUGAGAGAAAAAUCUGAGGCCAUCCAGAAGGAAUUAGAACAGACCAAGCAAAAAACAGUCAGUGCGGUUGGUGAGCAGCUCCUGCCCACGGUCGAGCACCUCCAACUGGAGCUGGAUCAGCUAAAGUCAGAGCUGUCCAGCUGGCGACACAUGAAGACUGGCUGUGAGACAGUGGAUGCUCUACAAGAAAGAGUGGAUGUGCAAGUCAGAGAAACGGUGAAACUCCUGUUUUCCGAAGAUCAGCAAGGCGGCUCUCUGGAACAGCUGCUACAGAGGUUCUCAUCGCAGUGUGUGAGCAGAGGCGACUUGCACACGAUGCUGCGAGACCUGGAGCUGCAGAUCCUGAGGAACGUCACCCACCACAUUUCCGUGACCAAGCGGCUCCCAGCCUCGGAAGUCGUGGUGUCUGCUGUGAGCGAGGCGGGGGCGUCUGGAAUAACAGAGGCGCAAGCACGUGCCAUCGUGAACAACGCCUUGAAGCUGUAUUCCCAAGAUAAGACUGGGAUGGUGGACUUUGCUCUGGAAUCUGGUGGUGGCAGCAUCCUGAGUACUCGCUGUUCUGAAACGUACGAAACCAAAACGGCCCUGAUGAGUCUGUUUGGGAUCCCGCUGUGGUACUUCUCGCAGUCCCCACGCGUGGUCAUCCAGCCUGACAUUUACCCCGGUAACUGCUGGGCAUUUAAAGGCUCCCAGGGGUACCUGGUGGUGAGGCUCUCCAUGAUGAUCCACCCAGCCGCCUUCACUCUGGAGCACAUUCCUAAGACGCUGUCACCAACAGGCAACAUCAGCAGCGCCCCCAAGGACUUCGCCGUCUAUGGAUUAGAAAAUGAGUAUCAGGAAGAAGGGCAGCUUCUGGGACAGUUCACGUAUGAUCAGGACGGGGAGUCGCUCCAGAUGUUCCAGGCCCUGAAGACACCCGACGACAGAGUUUUCCAAAUAGUGGAACUUCGGAUUUUUUCUAACUGGGGCCAUCCUGAGUACACCUGUCUGUAUCGGUUCAGAGUUCAUGGCGAACCUGUCAAGUGAAGACGCUACUCAUUAUUUUUGUACAUUUUUGUAUAUACUGGGACAGCCUGAAACACUGGAAUCCUUCGUGGACGAGGGCAUAUACACUGAUGGGACAGUGCCACUCCUUCAAUAAACGUGGCUGCUGGCCAGGGACUAGAGCGUGUGACGGGCGCCCUGGCGCCACCUGUUGGGUGCUCACUGACUGCAUGUGCAGAGGGGUCAGCAGCAGGGGAAGCGUGUUGAACACGUGUCUCAGACGCUCCUUGUUUUUAAUGGGAAGUUCUUAGUAUUUGCAUUUCCUUGACAACAGGAGCAAAGCAGAGGAAGCUGAGAGUCUGGCGUGUUCUUGACGCUUUGGUCUUGAGCCUUGCACUGGCUCUUCUAAAGGACUUUUGGAGGGCAGAUAAUUUCAUCUGUUAAAUCCAACACACAUUUCUUUCAGGGAAAAAAAUGUCACCAAAUUUUCAGAGUUCUAAACUCCUUUCCUUCAAGCCGGGAUUUUCCUUUAUUCAGCACCAGUACGUACUAAGUCUCCAGAUGGGGAAAUGACUAAAAUGGGUUUUUCUGCUUUGUUUGCUCUACUUCUGAGAAAGGUUUCCAGUCUGGACUCGCUGUACCAAUAUCCGUGGUGGAAUAUGGGAGCGUUUCAUUCUCCUUGUAGGCUGAAGUCAGUCUGACUUGAAGGAGGCUGGUUUGGAUCUAAGCAAACACCCAGAUGGGGUUCUUUGGUCUCAGCAAGGCUUUUCCUGUUGGGAUUCACAGUAAACAGAAACCCAGAAAUCUCACCUUGGGUGUUUUCAGGGGUCGUUUUGAGUUUUGCUGAAUAGGGAGCACGAGAUACCCUGAGCCUUCCUCUCUUCACUGGUGGUGAUCAGAGGAGCUGUCUGGUGUGUCAGGGUCGUGAAGCCGUUACAUUUCAGGACGAUCCUCUUUCCUUCAGCAGCACUUCUUACUGGCUCUGGCUGGAAUCUGCCUUUUAUCACAGCUGUCACCAUUCUCACGUGAUUCUCGUGAGACUCUCUGGUUAUAAUUACUAUUUAAUAUUUAGACUGUUUUACUGAGCAGACUUUAUAAUAAUGAGAUAUCUGCAAGGCACUUAAAGUGUUACAGAUGUUUUACCUUAAGAAUUAUUUAAGUUGUGUUGGGUUAAGACAGUUUUUGGUGUACCGUAAAUGUUGUGUUUUCAGAAAAAGACAAAACGAUGGUGCUGACUGGUUUUCUGUAUAUUGCACAACAGUCCUCAAAUCCACGAAACUAUUCAUACAUCAAGCAGCAUUUUUUUCACUCUCCUUAGAAUUGGAACUAUGCAGUUAAAGCGGAUAAAAUGUACAGAUGUUUCAUAUAUUACAGGUUACAUAUAUAAAUCAAAAUUUCCUAUAUAAAACUGAUUUGGGAUUUGGGGUGGAAAUAUUUUGAAUAUUUAUUUUUAAAGAUGCAAGAUAGGACUUUGUGCAAUGUAUUUUUGUAAAUGCUUUUCAAAAUAUCUGUCUUUGGUAGUGCUGCUGCUGCUGCCACCAAAUUGGUAAGAUGCUAUUAAGAGGUUUAAAUAAAGAGUUUUAAUUUUUAAAAGUU